CAGCUUACGACUACAGGAACUUUCUUCCGGACACAGGUUGCUUGCUUGAGAGAAAAGAAAGAAAAUAAUAACAUGGGGGGCUCUCUGCUGUACUGACCGCCCCCUCCUGCAACUCUCUCUCUCUCUCUCUCUCCGGCAAAUCGCGAUGUCGAUCUUCGAAUACAAUGGCAGCGCUCUGGUAGCGAUGGUAGGCAAGAACUGCUUCGCAAUCGCCAGCGACCGUCGGCUUGGGGUCCAGCUCCAGACUAUUGCCACCGAUUUCCAGAGGAUCCACAAGAUCCACGACAAACUCUACAUCGGCCUCUCCGGCCUUGCUACCGACGUGCAGACGCUGUAUCAGCGGCUCGUCUUCCGGCACAAGCUUUAUCAGCUGCGAGAAGAAAGGGAUAUGAAGCCUGAAACCUUCGCCAGCGUUGUUUCUGCUAUCCUCUAUGAGAAAAGAUUUGGGCCAUACUUGUGCCAGCCAGUAAUUGCUGGACUUGGAGAUGAUGACAAGCCAUUCAUUUGUACAAUGGACUCAAUUGGUGCUAAGGAACUUGCGAAAGACUUUGUUGUUGCUGGCACUGCUGCAGAGUCACUUUAUGGUGCUUGUGAAUCGAUGUACAAGCCUGACAUGGAAUCAGAUGAACUGUUUGAGACAGUCUCUCAAGCACUGCUAGCUUCGGUAGAUCGUGAUUGUUUGAGUGGUUGGGGAGGACAUGUAUUUGUUGUCACACCAACGGAAGUGAUUGAGAAGACCUUGAAGGGGCGGAUGGAUUAACUGAGUUUGAAGGUCUUCCUAAUUUUACCUGAAUGGGUAUGGUUUUAGUCCACAAGCUUCAUUUCCCAAUCCUGUAAAACUUGGCUUCUUGAACUGUCAUCGGCAUGCCCAUAUGAUAUUGGAUACUAGAUAUUCGGGAUGAAGGUUCUUUCUUUCUUACAGCUGCCUUGCUUUUUAUUUUUCCCUGCUUGAGUUUGGUUUCAGCACAGAAGCAUAGUUUACGAUGAUGUCAACACAUCAUCGCAUGAAACUCUGCACUAUAUUGAUUUAUCUCGUAGCUCAAUCCAUUAGCUCGUCUUUC